UCCCUCGCUCCAACUCCACUUCUCCAGAAGCACUGCAUCCAGUCGGGCCCAGACGGCUAAGUCUUUCCCUCUCCCUCUCUUUCUCUCUCUCUCUCUCCCGUCUGUCACCCGAGCUUCCUCUUGCAGGCUGUGUGUGUUUACCCUCUUUUUCGGCCUGGCAACGGGGCUGCAUGCUCAGGAUUACCAGAGGCCUUGCCUUUCAUCGCUGUCCGCUCCCUCUUCCUUUCGCCUGGACUACGGUAGCCACGGGUGCGAGACUGUGUGAUUUCCUGCUCACGGAGUUAAGUGGAUUUGUAGAUACUAAAGAGACAUGGAUCACUCUCUGUUCGGAUGCCUUCGGAGCCCGCAUGCCCCGUCCCAAGCCUUGCACCCGGCGUUCACCCAGUCCUCCCUGGCCCUGCACGGCCGCUCCGACCACGUCUCCUACCCCGACCUCCCGGGACCCUCGCCACCCUGCAGCUACGUGGGGGAGGAGAGCGGCUUCGGAGGACCCCAUCACAGAGUUCACCCUGCUCCGCAGCAUCCACACCUCUCGCAGCAUCAGCCUUCCUGGCACGUGCCACAGAUGCCCUCGAUUGACAGCGAGCGCCACGGCCUCUGCCUGCCGCACCCUGACGCCGCGGCUCCAGAACUGUGCGGCUCUCAGGGCCUCUGCGCUGGUAACCCAGCACUCUCUGGAAGUGACCCUGCUAGGGCAUCAUGUGUGACCGGAGAAUACGGGAGACAGACCAUGUCCCCCGUUGAGCCGGAGCGACGGAAUAGCAAAGGGAAGAGUGACAGUUCAGAUUCCCAGGAUGGGAGCUAUAAGUCAGACGUGAGCAGUAAACCUAGGAAGGAGCGCACAGCCUUCACCAAGGAACAGAUUCGAGAACUGGAAUCAGAAUUCGCUCACCACAACUAUCUGACACGGCUCAGACGUUACGAAAUCGCUGUCAACCUUGACCUCACAGAGAGACAAGUCAAGGUGUGGUUCCAGAACAGACGGAUGAAGUGGAAGCGAGUGAAGGGAGGUCAGCAGGGAGCUGCUGCGCGGGAGAAAGAACUGGUGAACGUAAAGAAAGGAACUCUCUUGCCUUCUGAGUUCUCCCCAAUGGUCGGUCUGCACCAUGCCAUGGGUUCGCCCAGCAAUGAGGACGACAGUCACGACAGCGACCAGAGCUCUGAGCACGCGCAUUUAUGAUGCCCGCACUCCAGCCGGUCACAACCUGCCAAUUUCCUCAGGAAUCAAUGUUGGUACUCCGAAGGCUGUUAACAACUAGUACUGGGCCGCGUUGUGUUAUUUCAUUCUGAGUGGUUAGGGUUUGUUUUUGGUCUGUGAAACAGAUGCUCACAGGGUUGCAAACCAGAGCUCAGCCCCCAGUGGCACUGGACUUUGAAGAGUAGUCUAAAUAAUAGUCCAAGGUGGCCACAGUUUUCAAGAGACUAUGUAUUUCAUCCUUUUUUGACAUUGUAAUUAAAUGCAAGCUUGAAUGUUGUAAACAUUCCACACGAGUGCCUUUGAGAGGAUUUUUGCACUGUUUUAAUUUUUGCCCUAACUGUUUGCUACUGUAUUUACAUACAGAUUUUGAUAUAAAGUACCUUUAAUUAAAAACACAUUGAUAUGAUAUGUGACAGCACAGAAUAAGUGUUAUCUCAGUCUGUUUGUAAAGAAACAAAUGAUGCCGGUAAUUGUAGCUUAUUUUUUGAUUAAGUGAUGAAUUAUAAUUAUAAUGAUUUUUCUGUUCAUGAUUUUUAUUUUUUUAUUUUUUACAGUGUGGGUACUUUGGAUUGAAACGGAUUGAAUAUGACAUGGCAUACUGAUAAACAUUUAAUUUCGAAGGAUAAUAGAAUAAAAGUCGAACUAUUAUAAGAAUCUUUUCUUGAGUACUUCAGGACUGCAAAUGAUUUUAAUAAAAUGAGUUAUUAAAAAAAAAAAAAAAACAUUACACUGCACUUCAAAAAAUUGGGUUUGGUAAGAUUGUUGUUGAUGUUUUAAUAGAAGUCUCUUAUGUUCACCAAGUUUGCAUUUAUUUGAUAAAAACAAUUACAAUAAAGACAGUGAUAUUUUG